AUGUCGUCCUUUAUCCGCCGACUCCAAGGUGGCAACUUGGAAGUCUUCAAGUUCGGCAUGUACGUCCUUUUCCCCAUCGGCUGGAUGUAUUACUUCGGCACAAACCUCGACGACCGCUUCAGCGUGAAAGGAUUCUGGCCUACCGCAGAGCAAUCGCAUAAAAUCCCGAUCGACAAAGAGGAGAUUGAUAAGGAGCUUGCGCGUAUGCGUAUGGUGGAGUCUAUUAAGCGGGAGAGACGAGAGCGGGAGCUUGCGGCUUUGCAGGCACAACAAGUUCAGACCCAGGCUCAAGCAGAGUCGAGCGGUGCGCAAUAG